AUGGCUUCCGAUGGUGCUUCAUGGGAUGGAGAGGAUGUUGGGGCGCCGGGUGAUCAAGUUCAGCAUAGCGAGGAACAAGUUGAUAACUAUGCUCAAGACUCUCUCGCCUCUGGUGAUGCUGAUGCAGCAGAUAAUGGUACCGAAGAUGAUGGGGGAGAAUAUGAUCCAGAGUCAGUCACUAUUGGCACACCUGCGCCGAUUGCUGAACAAGCUACGUCCACUACUCCUCAACGCCAACCGGCUAAGCCUAAGAUGUCAGGAGGUUUCAUAGUUGAAGCUUCUGAUGAUGAGGACGAGGAUCAAGAUGAAGCUGAGCAGCCUGCCAAUGCUGCUACCCCGUCGGAAUCAGCGCCAUCUCAAAGCCACCCUGGCCCUUCCACUGCGUCUGAUGAACACAUUGUCCCAGUUCCAAAUCAUGCAUCUGUCCCUCCUCCUGCUGUCCCCUCCAAUGUGACUCCAGCCAUGCCUGGUCUCGAUCCUAUUGCUUUUCUUGAAGCCCGUAUCAAAGAGGAUCCCCGUGGGGACAUGGAUGCUUGGCUUAAUUUGAUCGCCGACCACAGACGCUCCAGCCGACUCGACCAGGCUCGAAGUACCUACAAUCGUUUUGUGGAGACUUUCCCCCAAGCUGCUGAUGUCUGGGUUGAAUGGAUCGAGAUGGAGCUCGGACUCGACAAUUUUGUUGAUGCCGAGCAGCUUUUUGGCAGAUGCCUUAUGACAGUUCCUAAUGUUAAGCUUUGGACAGUUUAUCUUAACUACAUUCGCCGUCGCAAUGAUCUCAACAACGACCCAGCAGGUCAGGCUCGUCGAACUGUCACUCAGUCUUACGAAUUUGUCAUCGACAACAUUGGCGUUGACCGAGAUUCUGGCAAUAUCUGGCAAGAUUAUGUUCAGUUCGUCAAGAAUGCUCCAGGCCAGAUUGGCGGAACAGGGUGGCAGGAUCAGCAGAAGAUGGACCAGCUCCGCAAGGUUUACCAACGUGCUAUUGCUGUCCCCAUGUUGACCGUCAACAGCAUAUGGAAGGAGUACGACCAAUUUGAGAUGGGACUCAACAAGAUGACUGGUCGCAAAUUCAUCCAAGAACGCUCGCCAGGCUACAUGUCAGCGAAGAGCGCCAACAUUGCUCUAGACAACAUCACCAGACAUCUUAGACGCACGAACCUCCCAAGACUCCCACCGGCACCAGGUUUUAAUGGUGACCAGGAAUUCAGAGAUCAGGUGGAAAUGUGGAAGAAAUGGAUUGCCUGGGAGAAGGAGGACCCACUGGUGUUGAGGACUGACGAGCCUAAAACAUACAAUCAGAGGGUACUUUAUGUCUACAAGCAAGCGUUAAUGGCACUGCGUUUUUGGCCCGAGAUUUGGGUCGAUGCUGCAGAAUGGUGCUUCCAAAACGACAUUCGCGAGAACGAUAAAGAGAUGGGUACGGAAUUGCUACUUGAGGGCAUCCGAGCGAACCGCGAAAGUGUGUUGCUUGCUUUGAAGCAUGCAGACCAUAUUGAGGUCAAUUAUCCUGGGAAGGAGGUUGACAAGGUGGAGUUUGCCCAAGCUGUUCGCAAACCCUACGAUGAUGUUCUUGAGACGUUGUACGAGUUGGGCGACAAAGUCAAGGAGCGGGAAAAGUUGGAGGUCUCCACACUCAAGCAGGCCGCGGCACAAGACCCUGUCCAAGCUUCCAUUGAGCAGAACGAUGACGAUGACGAGGAAGAAAGCAAACCCAAGCGAUCACCCAUCGAAGAGCGCAUCCUCGCAAUCCAGAGAGGAUACUCCACUGAGACACAACUCUUGUCGCGCACGAUUUCCUACGUUUGGAUUGCCCUUGCAAGAGCUAUACGCCGCAUUCAAGGUAAAGGCAACCAGUCAGAGGGUGGCUUGCGCAAGGUCUUUACCGAUGCACGCCAGAAAGGACGGCUCACAAGUGAUGUCUACGUCGCUGUGGCUCUGCUUGAGUCUGUUGUCUAUAAGGACCCAGUUGGUGCCAAGAUCUUUGAAAGAGGCGCGCGUUUGUUCCCAAACGAUGAGGUUUUCAUGAUAGAGUACUUGAAAUAUCUCCACUCCAAAGAUGACACAACUAAUGCACGAGUCGUCUUCGAGACCUGUGUCAAUCGAUUGAUUUCUAACCCAGAAACACUGGCAAAGGCCAAGCCCCUUUACGCCUAUUUUCACAAGUACGAAUCGCAGUAUGGCGAGUUGUCACAGAUUUCUAAACUAGAGGAGCGAAUGGCAGAACUCUUCCCGGAGGACCCCAAGCUCAACUCUUUUGUGGCCCGAUUCUCUUCUGAUAAGUUUGAUCCAAUUGCUUCUCCAAUCAUCAUCUCAAAGGCAGUGCAGAUGCGACCAAGGCAAGCCAUGCCUAUGAUGAUGGAGCAACAGCAGCAACAACAACAGCAGCAGCAACAGCCUCUCUCGUUGCGAAACAGUCCUAUGCCAUCUCGACAAGAACAGAGUCCUCGUCCGCAGUAUGUCAGGGCCACUGCUUCACCCAAGCGACCUCUUGCCGUUGACGAUGAGGAGCUCAACCCCCCCAAGCGACUUGCUAGAGGCGUGUCGCCGCUUAAGGGUGCCGCGGGUCGCCGCCUUGAUCAGCAACGCCGUAACCAAGCAUCGGCGUUACAUAGAGACAUCACCUUUCUGCUCAACAUCCUCCCGCCUUCUCAAAGUUUCGAUGCCCAGCGUCUGAACCCCACAGCUAUGGUGUCCAUUCUUCGAGAUACCCAACUCCCUGACUAUGCCACACUGAAAGCUACUGGUGGUGGCCAGCCGCGCUUUGGCAAUCCUUCCCACACAAGGCAAACUUCGGGUGAGUUCGGCAACCGACCGUUAAGCCCAUACGGAAGAGUGGCCUCGGCAGCAGGCGGGUAUAGGAAUUCGCCGCUGCGGCCAGAGACUAACAAUCCCUAUCAAGCAAACUCCUAUCCCCAACCUGAUGCAGGUGGUCAAACAGCCGCAUGGCCGCCGGCACCUGGUGGAUAUGGCGCACCAGCGCCUGGCCAGUAUGGAGGAUACCGAUUCUAA